CGAACCACACGACCAGCUGCAUUGUAGGCGAGGUAGUUAACAUCUCCUAACCACCACGGCGCCCCUAAAAAUAAGCAAGGGAGGAUAACGUUUUCUUCCUGAGGGCCAAAUAGGCUUAGCACAGCCCUGGCACGGUUUGGUUAGAGUGGAAACGAGGAAUGAGGUACCAGAGUCCCGUUCCUAUUUUUUAUAAAACCACCUUUUCAGAGAUCCCUGAGUUUUAAUCUUCCACGAAGCGCACGGUCCACCCUAAACCGCAUCCACUGCACAAACCGUGGCAGCAGAUGCCGAUACCCUGAUGGUGCACAGAACAAGACCGAUAACGACGCAAUGGCCGAUCCACAAAUGCGAGGGAGAUAUUUACAGCGAUACACUCCACUGCUCCUGGCACCGUUGCCUCGGCUGACCACCUGAUUGUGACUUUGCAGUUGUUGCUCUGCAUGUCAGACUGUCAGGGUGCAAAAAAAGAAGUUCAAACAUAGGAAGAGAAAUGGGAAGUCAGAUUUCACAGUGCGUAGGGCGGGGGAUAUCUUUUGCGGAAUUUAACCGAGGAGGGUCCAGUGAAGGCUCGUUGCGAUCACAGUAAUCUAUGGAUCUAUGGCAUUGGUUGCCAAAUCGUGGCUCCCGGGCAGUACAAGUGUUGCUUGAUUGAGACUCGGCAAAAAAGUUGUCUACUUUUCAUUACUCAUUGUCCUGCAUUUCCAUGAACUCACAGUGCUGUAUUUUCAGACUCUCAACUCAAUCGUCCACCAAGGUUGAUCUCGCGGUGCCGCUACGCAGGACCACGAGUGCCAAUGAGGCCUCGGUGUACCAAGUCCCACCACUCCUCCACUCCUCAAGUCUGUUGGCCAUCGCUGCGCCGAGACUCUUCGACGCCCUCGGAGGACCACCACCACUCAGGUUUCACCCACAGCGGAAAGUCCAGCGCGGGGAUUGCGUCCGAGAGGGGAAGGUUACCUCCGCCGCCGGAAGGCAGUGUGGUGCGCACCUCUCUCGCUUCCAGCGCGCCCCAGGCGCUCGACUCGUUCCUGCGCCGUUCGCGUCGCGUCAGCGGACAUGAGUGCGCGGCGUCUUCGACGAGCACGAAUGUGCAAGAGCGAGCGUGCGCAGAGACGUACGGUAGAUCGGCAUCCCAGGACGUCGACGAGGAUCUCUACGAGGAGGUGCAGCUCGCACCGUUGAUCAGCCGCAGCAGCUCCUUCGUGAUGAGGGAUACGUCGCCAUCUAUUGCCCGGUCGCAGUCGCUGGAGAGACUGCGCGAGAUGAUGGACUCCUUCGAUAACGUCGGCAAGAUGAAGAGGUACUUUGAGCGGCGGAGCGAGAGCGUCGCCAAUGCAGAACGCCGGCAACACCAGUGUGAUGACCGUGACCUACAUCGUGAUCGCCACCGCCGCCACCACUACGGAUGUCAUCAACAUCAAUUGGAUGAUGAUUGCAGUGGCGGAGAUCCCUCCGCUUCUGCGGACUCGUCCAGCCUAUCAUCAUUCAGCGACGUUUAUGGAAAAGGCUCAACGCGUAGCGAGCAGCGCCGCCGCAGCAGGGGCGUCGCAGGGGCCGACUCGCCCGUGGAGGAGAGGUCGUUGAAGUCACCGUACUUCCUGGGGGGUGAGGACAACUCUCCUGCACGAUGGGACCCUGAACUAGAGGGCAGGUUCACCUGGAACGCGAGAGAGACAUCCCCAGAUGAAUUCCUGCAGUUCAGGCCCCAUGACCCUGUCUCUUCUGGGCCGAAAGGGUCGAAGGGCAAUCGCUGUUCAACCUUACAAGACAGCGGGCCGCACAGAGACAGCUCACCAGCUCGCUGCUCCCCCAGGAGAGGCAGAAGUUCGAGCAGACGAGAUGAGCGUCACGGCUGCUCAAGCAAGAAAUUUGACAUUAGAUCUGAGGUUGGCACUUUUACUUUGAUUGUUUGCUUAGGAAAAGCCAUGCUGAGUCUCAAGACUCGUUUCCAGGAGAGUCCACUCCAGUAUUUUUUUUUAGUCGGGGGCGAUGAUUGCUAUGUAUAAUCCCAAUUGAAAUUUUUUACAGGUAAUUUUACAAAUUUGCACCAUGACGCCGGCACACAAUGGCCUGCCCUCACGAAUGGCAUCACGGCAUCAUUAACUUCCGCUGUGCAGCAGACAGCGUGUGUUGUCUAUGGUUAGCACACAUCGCAAUAGUAACAACCAAUACUAGCCGCUGGAUCCGAACGGUGAACCUCUGCAACGAGCGCUGAAAAUCCUAGCACCCGGCCAUGUUACCGCCCAAGGUGGGAGAUGCGAGCAGGGGACACAGCAGCAGUGGCCGUGGGGGAGUUGCAGCCAAGUCAAGACAGCUAUAGAUAACGCAUUACAGUAAAACCUUGGAUUGCGAGCAUAAUUCAUUCCGGAAACGUGUUUGUAACCCAA